CUGCAACUGCGCAACUCCCUCCAAAGUUGGGUGGCCUCCAUUUUCUCUCACGAGUCAUGUGGGCAAUACCAACCCGAAUCCCCGCUCCUCCGUCCCUCUCCUGUGCCUCCUAUGGCUCCACCAGCUCGGACAAAUUCAGCAGAAAGAGGAAGGACCUAAGAGUGAGGGCCUCCUUCUUCGACUACCCUCUCGCCAGCCGAAUCAUGGUCCGGAAUAUACCCUAUUCCCUGAACGAAAGCAGGUUGCUCAAGGAGUUCUCCACUUUCGGACACGUCGCUGAAGUCAAAGUCCCCAAGGACGAAGCGACCAAACAGUCGAGAGGGUACGCCUUCAUUCAGUACACCUGCCAAGACGAUGCGGUGCUUGCUCUGGAGAACAUGGACCGCAAGAAACUCGAGGGCAGGGUGAUUUACGUAGAGAUCGCCAAGCCCGGGAAGGAAGCGUACGACCGGCCUCGCACUUGCGGUCCGCCUCCGCCUCCGCCUCCGCCUCCGCCUCCGCCGCACACAAAUGAUCAGGCGGCUGAAUAACGGGUCGGGGGUCCUCUUGAGCCCAGCAGCCUGUGAUCGAGCUAUGUGAUGUAAUGCAAAGCAUCGGCUUCGCCCUUCAUGCGAGAUGGUGCUGUAUCUCCAGUUCCAUUCUUGACUUCACAAUACAUUCUUUUGCUGUUCUGUUCAUAGUGUCCGGAUUGUACCAACCUUGUCCAAUACUGUUUUGAGGAAAAAAGAGGUGGUUUCUAUGCAAUUAUGCCUAAGCAAGAGCAAAACAAGGUCAGGAGGUGAUAAUUCAUAGCUCAUGUUCUUUGCAA